GGUGGAGUGGGGUAGAAAUGGGUCCCCCUGAUGCCAUCCUUGGUGUGACUGAAGCCUUUAAAAAAGAUACAAAUCCUAAGAAGAUGAACCUUGGUGUGGGGGCUUAUCGUGAUGAUAAUGGGAAGCCAUAUAUUCUACCCUCCGUCAGGAAGGCUGAGGAAUUGAUUAUUAGCCAGAAGUUAGACCAUGAGUAUUUGCCCAUCUCUGGUAGUGCAGAGUUCUGCAAAAAAGCCAUUGGUUUGGCCCUUGGUGAAGACAACCCAGUUAUCACU